UGCUUUUUCCAACACCCGGAAAUGUGCCGACUUGUGCUACACGAUGAUACAGGCUCUUAAAGGCGUGAGGUAUCUACAGACCAGGACAAUCUCACAAGCAGUUUCAGAGCUCUCUGUUCCGGUCCCAUGGGGAGAGAUCAGAGGUAGAGUCUGGGGUCCUGAUCAUGGUCGUCCGGUCCUGUGCCUGCACGGCUGGGCUGACAAUUGUGGUUCAUUCAACACCCUCAUCCCACUUCUACCUAAAGAGUGCAGAUAUGUGGCGGUGGACCUUGCAGGUCAUGGCCUGUCAUCACAUCGUCCUCCUGGAGUUUUCUAUGCCUUUCCUUACUAUGUGAUGGAUGUACGCAGAGUUGUCGAUGCUCUGCAGUGGAGCAAAUUCUCCAUCAUAGGCCACAGCAUGGGGGGUAAUGUUGCUGGAAUGUUUAGCGCUCUGUUUCCUGAGAUGGUGGAUGCUGUCGUGCUACUGGACUCUUACGGAUUCCUUCCAACAGAUCCAAAAGAAAUUCCUAAAGUGAUGAGGGAUGGGAUGGAUGAGAUGCUUCAGUAUGAAAAAAAAUCAGAAGAGGACAAGAGAAAAGUCUACACUCAUGAAAAGGCAGCAGAGAGGCUGUUGGCUGCAAACCCAAGUCUGUCUGAAAAGUCCCUGCAUAUCCUUUUAGAGCGAGGUCUUGUUCAAGUGGAAGGAGGAGUGAUCUUCUCCAGAGACUUUCGUAUUAAUCUGAAAAAUCUAGUACGCCUCAGCCCAGAGCAGUGUCUGGAGUUGCAGUCGAAGAUACAAGCCUCUGUUCUAGUUAUUCUAGCAGAAGCAGGCUUUGAUGAAAUAUAUCUUCAACCACAUCAGAAGAUUGUUACAUCUGCACUUCUUCAGGCUUAUAGGGACAGAAAUCAUACCGUGGUGAAAGUACCGGGCAAUCAUCAUGUCCAUAUGAACAAUCCUGAAGUCGUUGCUCCUCUUGUGUCCGACUUCCUGCAAACUAAAGUGUUGAAGUCAGACAGUGGAACAGAUGAAGGGACCUCUAAGUUAUAGAUAAAACAAUAACCCACUCAUUUGGCCUUGAUUCAUACAAAAGUAAUUUUAACAACUUUGUAAGGUCUUGUAUUUAUACUUUGUUUACACUCACCUUGGUGCUUAAUCCUCAGUAGCCAUCCUGCUAUAUAGGCAUCAGCUCAUGCUACCUUUGUUGACUCCUGAAUUAUUUAGAGUUUUUUUAACUGUUCUGUGCAUUUUCACUGCUAUUCAGACUGGAAAUGCCUCCAGAUAGUCUGUGGAUAAACAGUGGGGGGAAGUGACCAGAUAUGGACAAAAAAACAGCCAACUUUUGUAUUUUCUCUGUUUUGAUCGUUGUUUUAUUGAACCACUUCAAAGGUGGAAAUACCAACCAGGUACAAUAAAUUGUAGGAAUUCAUGUCAAGUCUGUUUUGAUGUCAAGGUCAACAUGUUUUUUUUUAUGAUACAUUUUUUUUGUUUUGUUAUCAGAAAAUACAAUUCUGUAACAUGUCAAAAUAAUCAGUGAAGAAAGCUCCUGAAAAGUAACACUUGAAAACCUCAGCUGACGCUGAUGUGAUGGUUCAGAGUAUUUGCUAACAAGAAAAAGCGUCAGAAUAAUUUAGCACUAGUCGUUGAAAAAAAGGAUAGCUUUUUCUUUAUAUUCUUCAUGACAGCGAAAAAAACGUAAUUUUUCUUCUGUUUGUACAUCUAAGUAAUAAAAAUUCUUUCAUCACA